AUGACAGUGAAAAAAGGGCAUACGCCGCUUGACUACGAAGCAGCGUUUGCUGACAUUAAUGUAGCUGUUUCUACGAAUAUUGAAAUCAUGGAUACAAUUUUAAAUACCCUUGACCAAUUUAAUAAGUCGUAUCAACAGCUCCAAGCUGAAAUGCAAAAGCAGACAAUUAAUGCUCCUAAGCCUAUAAAGAAAAAUAUAGAAAAGAAAAGCAUUUUUAAGAAAACCAGGAGUAGUUAUAUGGAAAUAGUUCCAGGAACCAAAUUGAAUGAACUUCUUGAUCAGAUAUUUGCUGCUAUAAUGGAUUCUGGUUAUCUUUCAAUGUUUACAAAAGGAACUGAAGAAUUUUUCAUCCCAAAAAUCGCCGAAAUAAAAAAUCAAUACGAGAAAAACGUUAAUAAUAUAAAAUCAACAUACGGAAAGUCUCUCGAAACGCUUAAACAACAUCAGAAAACAUAUUCAGAAAAGUUAGAUACAUUUUACAAAAACUGCCAAAAGCUAGAAGAAUUAUAUGAUGCUCAGAAGGUAGAUAAGUCCGAGGCCAAUGUAGAAGCCUAUGAGAACAUGGUUGAAACCGUUACGCAGUUACAUAAACAAUUGGAUGAUUGUCUCGAAAAAUACAACUCAGAACGUUGGCAGUUUAAUGAAGAAGCAGACACAUCUUUGGUUAUAUGGGAGGAAGCGGAAAUAGCUCGCCAGAAGAAACUCACGAACCUUAUUAGUGAUUUUGCCAGAGUUUUCUUACAGAUAUCAUCUGAAGCUAAGGAAUUUGCAUCUGGAUUACGUGAACUGAUCGGAAAAUUCGAUUAUCAAUUGGAUAUUCCUCAUUUAGAUACAAGCGUUGCAGAUUCCACCGACAAGUUCAUGAAAUUCGUGGAAUACGAGGCACCAAAAAUUCCAGUUGAUAUCAGCGAAUUCAUUCCUACCCAUGAAUUCUUCUCAGAUGAACUCGGAACAUAUGAAGAUACUUUAAUCAAAGAUUUUGAAGGAGAUAUUACGAUAAAGAAAGGUGAAUCUGUUACAGUAAAUUACACAGAAAAGGAUUUCUACAUAGUUACUGUUAAUAGCACUGGUGCUUGUGCGGAAUUGCCAUUUGAGUACUUGGCCAACCAACCAAUGCAUGGCAGAUCGAUAUGGAAGGUGAUAAAGAAGUACAAGAUGGGUGAUUACCCAGUAGAAGAGAAUACAAUUGUCGCAGUCUCAGAAAUUAAAGAUUACAUGGCUUUCUGUACAUUACCAACCAAUAAGAAGGGAGAAAUACCUCUUCAGAAUCUAGAACGUGUUAAUUAA